UUUAUUUUGAAUUUGAAAUUGCCGCUCCAUCGUUAUCGUCUUUGUCGCCGUUAUUGCGAGCAGCACUGUGCAGUAUAGUGCAUGUCACUUGCACCAGUCAGUCGUGAGAAAGGGACGGAACAAGUGUCGUGGGAAUAUGGCGGCGCAUUAGAACAUGCCACAGUGAUGCAGUUAACGCGCAACGAGAUCGUUCGUAUCAAGUGACCAAAGAAACUGUGGCCUCGCACGCUAAAACAUCCGUCUGGCCAAAUGACAUGGGAAUUUGUAAUCGAAGGCAUUUCCUAUUGACAAUAUGCAUCUUACAACUCAUCACCACAGUAGAACGUCAAGUCUUCGACUUUCUGGGCUUUAUGUGGGCCCCGAUACUGGUCAAUUUCUUUAACAUUAUAUUUGUAAUCUUAGGAUUUUUUGGGGCUUUUCAAUAUAGACCAAAAUAUAUUAUAUCUUACUGUAUAUGGAAUACACUAUGGUUGGGAUGGAAUAUAUUUAUGAUAUGUUUCUAUCUUAAUGUAGGUGUAUUGGAUAAAAAUAGUGAUAUUUUAAAUCUUGGUACUGGUAGUUUUUCUUGGUGGCAUGUCAAUGGACCAGGUUGCAAAGCUAUUUAUGAUGUUACUGAACCAGAAUUAUUUCGACCUGCCCGACCUACAAAUGUAACAAAUUGUGUACUAGAUUAUGAAAUAGUUGAAAUUUUACACGCAUCUACUCAAUGCAUCUUAGGUUUUAUUGCAAUAGUUGGUGGUAUUUAUCUAAGUAAAGUUUUUUUGGAGGAAGAUGAUAGCUUUGACUUUGUGGGAGGUGAUGACUUUGGGUUGGCAGGCCACACGCCGUUGCAUCCUAUGUACGUUAGCUACUCGGCUCUUCCAUCACCUGCCCACCCUCACAAAAAUUCCGCUCAAAAUUACCCCGCAGGCACAGCUAGCUCUCAUCAAUCCGUUUGUCACGAUACCAGCUUCCCAAAACAUAACGAUAAAACGUUUAACAGCUCUGGACGAAGUAAAUGUAGUUUUAGAAACGACACGAUCAAAACUGAUCGAACCAAUCUGUCCAAUCGCGAUUUGAAGUACGUUGAUUACUCAAACGAUUAUUCAAAUCCGUUGGAUCAUUUGCAAAGGCCUGUGUCCCCUUAUGACGAGUACGAUUCGUUGGACAGUGCCGCUAAAUUAAAAUAUCAAAAAAACAAAUUGUAUUAUCCGCACUCGUCCAAGUAUAGUCCCGUUGCAUCACCGUGUGUCAAGUCUCGACCUGCCGCUGCAAAGCAAAAUAAAGCCUCCAACAAGCCUAGAGUCUUUAUCGAUCAUGUUCGCGAACAGCCGAUGAGGUCGUUUUAUUCUGAUCCAAGAUUGGCAAUUGAAAAUCAACAGAAUGUGAAUGACCAAGAGAAACAGAAUAGGUCUAAAAGAGACAGUAGACCUUUAUCGUUAUAUGCCACCCAAGCUAAGCUAAGGAAGAAGAAGCAGCCGAGGCCGUUGUACAGCAUCGAGUACUCGCAGCCGGAGCCGGCGAUCCACGACGACGGGGUGUCGCCGAAACCGAUGACGCCCCGGCGGGUGAAGAGGCGGUCGGUGAUCUCGCGGGACGGGACGAGGAGGUCGAGCAGGAGGGGGCAGUCGUCGGCGAGGCAGUCGUCGGCGAGGAGAAAGAAUCCCGUGAACAGGAUCAUGGACCAUCAGGAGAGCCUGUACGCGAACACGGCCGGGAACGUGGCCAGCAACCUGACCAAUCAGAACGUGAACUCGUUGUCCCAGGGCACCCUCAACUACGACCGUAUCUCGAUGAGUUGGGACAGGGACAGGAACUCGAACUGGCAACACGGGGAGGCAGUCAACAUGGCCGUCUCCACCCCCGCGUUGUGGGCCGGCAACCAUCCCCACCACCACCACCAUCAUCACAAUCACAAUCACAAUCACGCGUCGGGGGGUCAGGACAACGGGUCCAACAACGGUUACUCGAACGGCGACAAUUACGCGGCCGGUUACACGAAUUGGGACAACGCGAACAGCUCGUCGACCAGGAACCUGGCCGACAAUUGGCAGCCGAGCGAGCUGAGCCCGAUGCAGUGGCAGGGGCAGAGCAACCCGACGUUCCAGCAGACGAGCACCCAGAGCUUGAACGGGGAGGACUUGGACGAUAUUUACAACAAUCGGCCGGCGAGCGCGAGGUCGAGUUACAGCAAUUAUCACGGGGUGAGGGCGACGCCCCAGGUACCAAACAGAACGGAUAUUGUCAGGCAGAGCCAGAGACAGUUCGUUCUCAGCGGGCCGCCCGCUUAUCAGGAUACCGUCAUAUGAAGGGGGAUCUUUCGAGAAAAAAUCGAGUUCGAGUUCGGUUGUUCUUUUAUUUUUUUACUUUUCGAGCCUCUUUGAAGGAGGAAAUAAUUAGACCACGUUUAAUUCGUGGGUCUUUUUUCUUUUGACGAGUUUUAAUAUAGUUAUUCUUGUUUAAUUAGUUAAAGGAAGUAUACUUCUUCUUGGAUUUCGAAGUUUAUCAGGACACCGUGAUAUGAAGAGGGAUCCUUCGAGAAAAAAUCGAGUUCGAGUUCGGUUGUUCUUUUAUUUUUUACUUUUCGAGCCUUCGAAGGAUUCCUUGAAGGAGGAAAUAAUUAAACCACGUUUAAUUCGUGGGUCUUUUUUCUUUUGACGAGUUUUAAUGUAGUUAUUGUAUUCUUGUUUAAUUAGUUGAGGGAAGUGUACUUGUUCUUGGAUUACGAAGCUUUAAAGAACACCGUAUAUGAAGAGGGAUCCUUCGAAUCGAGUUUGAUUUCUGAUUGUUCUUUUGAAAGAGGAAAUAAUUAAACUACGUUUAAUUCAUGGAUCUUUUUUCUUUUAACGAGUUUUAAUAUAGUUAUUCUUGUUUAAUUAGUUAAGGGAAGUAUACUUCUUUUUGGAUUUCGAAGCUUUAGAGGAUAUGAAGAGGGAUCCUUCAGUUCGAUUUUGGUUGUUCUUUUUAUUUUUUACUUUUCCAGUCUCGUUUCUUUGAAGGAGGAAAUAAUUAAACCACGUUUAAUUCGAUUUAAUUCGUGGAUCUUUUUUCUUUUGACGAGUUUUAAUAUAGUUAUUCUUGUUUAAUUAGUUGAGGGAAGUAUACUUCUUUUUGGAUUUCGAAGUUUUACAGGACACCGUGAAGAAGGAUCCUUCGAAUCGAUUUCGAUUUCUGAUUGUUCUUUUGAAGGAAGAAAUAAUUAAAGCACGUUUAAUUCGUGGGUCUUUUUUCUUUUAACGAGUUUUAAUAUAGUUAUUCUUGUUUAAUUAGUUAAGGGAAGUAUACUUCUUCUUGGAUUUCGAAGCUUAUCAGGACACCGUGAUAUGAAGAGGGAUCUUUCGAA